AACACCAAACAGAUCAGUGUCAUCCAAUGUUGCCAGCGUGUCACCCAUCCCUGCUGGUCAAAAAAAAUUGAUCCAAACAUGAAAGCUGGAGCUACAAGUGAAGGUGUCCUGGCCAAUUUCUUCAAUAGUUUGCUGAGUAAAAAGACUGGUUCUCCGGGAGGCCCCAGUGUUGGUGGUGGCAGCCCUGGAACUGGGGCUGGAGGUGGAAGCAGUGGUUUACCACCAUCUGCCAAAAAGUCAGGCCAGAAGCCUGUCCUAUCAGAUGUUCAUGCGGAACUGGACAGAAUUACACGAAAACCAGUCACAGUUUCUCCUACAUCACCAACAUCUCCUACGGAAGGAGAAGCUUCUUGAAGAUACCAAAUAAAGCCAUUUAUUCAGUUUUCUGGGAUAAUGUAAACUUGCCUCUGCCUUUUCCUUCAAGAGUGGAAUUAGGGAGCUGCAGUGCUUUGUCAGAUGGACUAAACUUAUCUUUUUUUUUUUUUUGUGGUUGCCCAUUUUUAUAAAAGGAAGCUAUACAGAAGAAAAAUGAUUCCUCAUUAUGUAGGAUUGCUAUUUGCAUUGCCACUUUGCAUAAGGAAGUAAGUUUGGAUUUUGAAAACCUUAAAAUUUAUAGAUCUGAAAUUAAACCAUGUGAUCAUAUUCUAAAGGCUACUUAAAACAUACAGGAAGGUUUAGGGAAGGGCAGAAAACAAUAUGCUUUGGGCAUUUGACUGACUUGGAAGUCCAAGCUUAUUUUAGUUAAGACUAUCCAAAAUCAUUUUUUAAAAUUAUGUGUUAGUUUUACUGGAAAAAAGAAGAUGAUUAUCAAAUUUUCCACACCAACAUAAAUAUACCACCACAAAUGGAAUAUGCUGAGAAAACUAUCAGAUAGCAUUUGAUACACUAGUCAUUGUCUAAAUCAAUGAUCCUAUAAGUUGUUAUCAAAAUACAAUUUAAAAUAUUGGUCAAGAUUCAUUUCUGUGAGAAGAAAAGAAAGCACACUGCCUAAAUGUGUAAAAGAAAAAUGCAGAGGUUAUUAAUGUAAAGCGGUAACAGUCUUUGGAUUUGUCUAUAUAUAUAUGUCAUAUAUAUGUAUGUCAUAUAUAUAUGUAUAUAUAUAUUGCUCUGCCUUAAUACACCCCUUUUUUGUUUGUGACUUUCAAUUGUAAUCAGUUAAUAAAGUAUUUAUUCUCUGCAUUCAGGUUCAAA